AUGCUUAGCCGUAUACAGGACUUAAUAGUAAAAAAUAAUCCUGAUCUAGCGGGCAGCAAAAGAUAUACAAUUAAACCCCCACAAGUUGUUAGGGUUGGAUCGAAAAAGGUAGCAUGGAUAAACUUUAAGGAUAUUUGCGCGAUUAUGCAUCGACCAAGCGAACACGUCUUGCAGUUCGUACUCGCUGAGCUAGGUACUGAGGGUUCGAUAGCAGGUGAUGGUCAAUUAGUAUUAAAAGGGAAGUAUGGACCUAAACAUAUUGAGGCCCUAUUAAGGAAAUAUAUCACUGAGUACGUGACGUGCCAAAUGUGUAAAUCUCCUAAUACAUCAAUGACUAGGGAUUCACGUACUCGUCUUUGGCAUCAGAGUUGCUCUGCAUGCGGUGCAAAUCGAUCUGUUACAACUAUCAAGAGUGGCUUCCAUGCUGUAGGAAAAGGAGAGAGAAGAAAGGCUAAAUUAGGAUAA